AUGGGGUAUCCGCUAAUAGCCGCGAGACUAAACGCCGUCGACGCCCUCAGGCUGCUCAAAAGCAUAACAACGGCGUCAAUCCAAGAGAAAGCAGCAGCACUGCACUACCUGCAAGAGGGGCAGCAGCUGCUGAAGUCCCAGCUGGCGCAGCUCUUCCUUCAGGCGGACACGAUGCGCCGUGUUGCUGUCGAUAUACAAAAACAAAUAGCUGUGUUAUAUAUAGAAGCGGCAAAGAAGAGAGAAGAAAAAGAUAAUAAUAAUUAUAAUGAAGAAGAAGAAGAAGAAGAAGAAAGUGAAGAAGAAAUAGGAAAAGGGAAAGGUGCAUAUACACCUGAAAUUGAUGAAAGUGGAAAUGAUGAUACAGAAGAAGAAAACAAAAAAAACAAAAAAAGAAAAGGAAAAAGAAGAAAAAAAAAACAACAACAACAAGAAGAUAAAGAAGAAGAAGAAGAAAAUAAAGAAAACAACAAAGAAGAAGAAGAAGAAGAAGACGAAGAAAAAGAAGAAGAUAAAGAAAGUGAAGAAGAAGAAGAUAAAGAAGAAGAAGAAGAAGAAGAGAUAGAUGAUGAAGAAGAAGAUAUAGAAGAAGAGACAGAAGAAGAAGAAAAAGAAAAUGAAAGUGAAGAAGAAGAAGAUAAAGAAAGUGAAGAAGAAGAAGAAGAGGGGGCCCCCGAGGGUACUGGGGGGCCCCCAAGGAAGAGGAUGGGGGCCCCCUACAGUCGAGGGGGCCCUAAAGGAGACAAUGAAAGCAAAAGAAGAACAGAAGAAGACGCAGGAAGAGAAAAUACACAAUACAGCAUUCUUUGCAUCCACCCCGACAACAAGCAGCAGCAGCAGCAACAGCAGCAGCAGCAGCAGAAGCUGCUGUUUGUCGUGUUGUGUAUGGGUGUUACGUGGUGUUGCGUCGUUCCUCUUCUAGGGGGUCUAGGGACAGUUGUUGCAGGAGAUGACGGGCUGCUGCUGCUGCUGCUGCUGCUGCAGCAGCAGCAGCAGCAGCAGCAGCUUGUGCUCAGCUCUAAGGACUACAGCAGCAACAGGCACAUCACCAGCAGCCAGAUCAGCAACAGCAGCAGCAGCAGCAACAGCAGCAGCAUGAACAACAACAGCAGCAGCAGCAGGAGCAGCAGCAGCAGCAGUAGCAGCAGUAGCAGCAGCAGCAGCAGGAGCAGCAGCAACAGCAGCAGCAGGAAAUAG